CUCUCAAUUCGUCACUUCAUGAAGAAGACAGACAAGCCACCAGUACUUUGAUAUUCACUUGUGUAGAAGUUUCACAGAACAGGCAAAGGGCGUUGUAUAAUUGUUUGGGUAUUUGACAAUUACGAGUAGACAACUCUUCCCAUAAUUCGUCACUUCAUAUCCGGUAAUAGAAGACAGACAAGCCACCUGUACUUUGAUAUUCACUUGUGUAGAAGUUUCACAGAACAGUACAGAACAGAAAUCUUUUCUUGUAACAUAUUCAGUAUCACCAAAUCUCAUAAGACGUACUGGAAAGAAAGCACCAUGAACAACAUGAUUCAGAAUGACUUUACCUACGGUGAACAUGAUGAACACUUCUUCAACCAGGGAUUCAAUGCAUACUGCAGAACAGAUAUUCAACAGAAAAUGUUAGAGGACGAAGUCCGCACAGACUUCUACCGAGACGCCAUCUACAACAACAAACACCUCUUCAAGGACAAGAUCGUCAUGGAUUUUGGAUGUGGAUCUGGUAUUUUGUCAAUGUUUGCAGCAAAAGCUGGAGCGAAGAAAGUUUUUGGGGUUGAAGCAAGCGACCUUGCAAAAACAACGAAGAAAAACGUGAAGAAGAAUGGACUUGACCACAUCAUUACGAUCUUGGAGGGAAAGGUCGAAGAGAUUGAGCUUCCCGGGGUCGACAAAGUGGACAUCCUGCUGAGCGAGGUUAUGGGCGUGGGGCUGAUCCACGAGGGCACGCUGCAGUCUCUGGUCAUCGCCAGAGACAGGUUUCUGGUGAGUCACAUUGUCAUGUAUAUAGUGUUAAGAUGGAUAAGACUUCUCGACAAUGAGAAGCAAAAUUCACAGUAAUGUUUGCAUUACAUA